AUGUUGGAUAAUUAUGGGGGAUAUAUGGUUGCUUUUGCUGGGCAUAAAUAUGCUGCAAGGUCUACUGCGGCUUUUGUUGCCAAUAGUACCUACACUGUCACCAACUUUACUCUUGUGCUUGAGUUCACCGAGGGCAGGCUACAGCACCUGCAUUGGAAAAGGGAUGGGUGCGUCAAAUGUUCUGGGAGCUCUAGGUUCGUUUGCCUGCACAAUCGGGACUGUGCAAUCAAGACAAACAGCUACAAAACCCAUGGAGGCACUGUGGAUUGCAGUCUCAGGAUCCAAUUGGCAUUUUCUGGGAUGGAUAAGCACCUAUCCGUUCUGAACUCAUGGUAUGAAGCACAGAACCUUGGUCAGUACUCCCUUUAUGGUCUGUAUUCAAAUCUGAAGGAUUCUCUCACUAGCCAGUAUAAGAAGUUUUUCUGA